AUGUCAUACACCAAUGCAGCAGGGACGACGGGCGUGCCGUUCGGGGCCCAGAACGCGCUCCUGACGGCCUCGGUUCGUGAGCGGACGACGGACACGAUCAAGCCGUUCGAGGAGACGCUGGUGCGGACCCUCCAGCGGGAGACCCGGGCCUUCGGCGACCAGCUCACCCAGGCCGCCGAGCACUUCAGGAAACAGCAGGAGGCGCUCGACGAGGAGGACAUCGAGAUGGAUCCGGGCACGAUCUGUGCGCUCAAGAUGUCUGCUUCGACCGCCCGGCACAACAAGCGAAUCUUGCUGGCAUAUGCGAUGCAGCGGCGGAAUGCGAUCCUGGACUGCUACUGGGCCUGUUCGGCCUCGGUGCCCAACACGCUCGUGGCCCCGUCGACGAACGUGAGCGCAGACAAGAGCGAGGGGGGUUCGGAGCGGGCGGGCGAGCCGAUCUCGAAGGUGCUCACGCCGGUCGAGCUCGAGUAUCUGCGGGCCCACUCGACGCUCGUCCACGACCUGGCCAAGCCCUACCAGGCCUACACCGUCAAUCUGCUCGGCAACCUCGCGCGGGGCCCGGCCCGGGGCCUGUUCAUCCAGGUCGAAUGCAUGCGCGAGUUGGGCGAGGUGGCUGUUGGGGAUGGGGGCGGGAUGAUCAAGUUCGAAGUGGGCAGUCGCUACUUUGUCAAACGGAGCGAAGUCGAUCAGCUCAUCGAAGGCGGCUGGCUCAUGGAAAUCCCCCGAUAA